AUGAUCUCCAAUUCAUAUUAUACAAUCAAAAUUAAUAUAGAUUUGUAUUCACAAGAAAAUUAUUCAAAUCAAGAAUGUGGCGGUUCAAUUGAUAUUACUGGUAAAGAUAUUACAAAAUAUCCUCCAUGUAAAACUUUUCUUGAUGCAGGAAUUAGAUCAUUACAGGUUAUAAAUGAAAAUCCCGAAACUAUUAUAAAAUCAUUGGAGUUUAUUGUAGAAAAUUUGGAAAAUGAAGUUUGGCCAACUGUUUAUGUUACCUCUCCACUAGAUAUAAUGAACUAUUGUACUUUUGAACUAAAGUUUGCAAACCAGACACUUCAAAAUACAGAUUAUUUUAUUGUUAUCGAUGGGUUAUCAAUGAACCCAAGCGGAAAUAGUUUUUUUAGAUAUAUCUCAUUCGAAAAUAACGAUCUGUGCCCAAAGAAACAAGUAACUUUAAGAAAUCUAUAUCUAUUUGGCUUUGGCAGUAGCCAUCCAAUUAACAACGUAGUAAGAAAUAUAAAGACUUCAAAUUUAGAAUUUAAUUUUCAAAGAAUUCAUUCAAUGUUUACAACUUUUUUUAAUGGUUGGGCCAACGAUGGUAUUAUAGAAUUUAACCAAAACGAAAAACCUAUUCAAAUAACAAUUAGAAAUUGCACUUUUGAAAGUAUGUACUACGAUUUCUUAAACACAUACUAUUCAAAUAUAACUUUAGAAUCAUCAACUUUCAAAACAUUGUAUUCCUACGAUUUUCCUUUCUAUUUAAGAAAUUCAAAUUUAACAGUGGAAAAUGUCAUUUUCGAUGAUUUAUCUCUAGAUCUGCUCAUAUAUAUCGACUCUGGUUCCUUUCGAAUAGCCAACACAAGAUUUAUAAACAGUGCUCUAAAUACUAUAACCUAUUUUUAUUCUGGCUCAUCUCAAUAUCUACAACCAAGUUUUGUUACAAAUUGCUCCUUUAGUGAUAGUUUUUUCAUAAACUAUUUCUUUGACCCAGAGACCUAUCCCGAUAGCUUCAAUUACCUUUUUACUAUUGAAUCAGAUAUAGAAAUGGACCCAGUUUUCCAUCUAGUUUUACAGGAUAUAACUUUUACCAAUAAUGAAAUUUACAGUUUUGGUUUACUUAAAUCUAUAAACUCUACAAAUAUUCAAAUUUCAAUUAUCAAUACAACUUUACCAUUAGAUUUUUCAAGAGGGUUCGAAGUUUCAAAUAAUACAAUAAAAAUUUUAGAUAGUCAAUUGGAAACAAAUAUUACUAUACUGGGCUCAUAUAAUAUUAUUAAGAGUAAUAAUCUUUUAAUCUCAAACGAAACCAUCGAAUCCUAUUUAAAAGAUUGUGAAGAGUGUAUAUUUUUAUUUGAUAUUCCCGAAGAGGAUUCAAGCAAUAGUAGUAGCAGUAGUGAUAGCGGCAGUCAUGAUAGUAGCAGUCAUAGUAGCACCAAUAAUAAUUCAGAAAGUAGUAUUGAAAUAAUAGAAAAAUCAAAAUCAAAUACCGGUAAAAUUAUUGCAAUAGUUGUUCCAAUCGGAUCAUUCAUUGUAAUAGGUUCUGCAAUUACAUUAUUAAUAGUAAUGUAUAAAAAAAGAAAUAAAAACAAUGAUAUUGAACUAAAUAAUAAGGAUAAUUUUACAAACUACUUGGGAUCAAGUGAAACUUCAGGUGAUAAAGAUGCAGAAAAACCCACAAAAAAAUCACUCAAUGUAUUUGGGAAAAAAGUACAAUCAGAAUUGGAUUAA